UCGUCACGGCACGGGUUGGAUGGUGUUGCUGUUCAGUCUGGCCCUUCACUCCUUUGCUGCCCCGCAAUGGCCUUGACCAAUCAGACCGCGGCUGGCGGACCACCGCCGCCGACCAGGAGUGAGGUCCUAGCCAAUGUCAUGACCAUGGCCAUGGCCUUUUCCACGUGUGUCGAGGCCUUCAAUCUGAUCCACCCGCAUGAUCGUUCCGAUCACCACCAAAAAGUCGCCCUGGCGAAGCUGGGCAUCCAGCAGGGCCGUCUCUUGAUCUGGGGAGAUGUGCUGGGCAUAUCCUCCCCACCCCCAACCAUCGCAAGGCACAUGAUCCCGUCCCAUCCAGGCGUCACAAACCCAGAUCCCACUGUCCCCAUCAACUUUGGAGUCCGCGAUCCAAGACUGGACGAGCCCGACUACAAUGGCCGUGUUCGAUCCGCCUUGAACGAGAUCGCCGGCCGUCCAAGCAACAUGAGCAGAGAAACCCUCAUGCUCAAAUACGGCCUCAAAUCCCCCAAAAACUUCUCCGCCACCACCCAUGCUGCACUGGAUACCAACCGCCUCGAAGCGUUCCGCGAGAAAUUCGCACUCCUCAAGGAUCUCGUCCGCCAGGUCGGCGUGCAAGGCAAAUGGCAAAGAGCAGGCAGCAUGACGCUACAGAAAUGGACCGUCCGAAACAGCGACCGCUUCGACGACUUUGUCGCCCUCGUCCGCCAGGAGGUCGACGGCCUCAUCGCCAUGAUGGGCGUCAAAGAGCAAGUCGACCGCGGCAUGAAAACCGACAUCAAAUCCAUGGCGUGGCAUCCCGACCUCUCCGUCCCCGUCGUCCGCGCCGACUGGGACAAGCUCAAGCUCAUCCGCGAAGCCGUCGCGGGGGAUUACCCAGAGUACGAAGAAACCGCCGACCGGGCGCUGAAAUACAUCAGCGACGAGCUGCGCGAGCACCAGGUCGCCGGCGUAAAACUCACAUACACCCCUCCCCGCCCUCCUCGGCGCAAAAGCUCCACAAACGCCACAGAUCCCGCAACCACGAAGAAACAACCACUCAUCAACGUCGAAUCCGCUACCUCCCCAGCCCUCUCCCCUCAAACUUCCUCCACAUCAUCAUCAUCCCAACAACAGCAGCACCACCCCCACUCCAACGGCAGCACGCCUCCAACCCCCCUCCCAAAAUCAACCCCUACAUCCCCCUCCCCAACACCCACCCAAAAAGACAAGAAACAAUCCUUCAUGUCAAAACUCGGUCUCAAAUCCUGGGGCCGCCCCAAGCAAUCUUCUUCUUCUUCUUCUCCAUCGUCGUCGAAACGGAAAAAAAACCCCUCCUCAAACCUCACCGUCCCAGGCAGCCAGGACCAAAACCAAGACCCCCCUCGCUCCUUCUCCGAAGACGUCGAAAAACCAACCUUCGAGUUCCAAGAAGACCUCGCGCCUGUGCGGUCGAAAUCGCUUUCGGCCGUUGCAUCGCCUCGGCGACGCAAUAUCGAUGGCGUCCUGUUGGAUACGAACGGUAAAACGACCGGGGAGCACAGUAACACUACGACUACUGCUGCUACUGCUACUGGGAACGGGGUUGUUCCGGUGUCGGCAGCGUCGAAGAACGAGAUAGCAGGAGAAGAGAGGGAAGGGGAAGACGAGGUUGAUGAUGGGGAGAAUCUAACGACUGUGGAAACUGUCAAGAGUGCGGUUGAUCGGCAUGACAUGUACCGCGAGAUUGGCAGGCUGGAGACGAGGGAUAUCAGGGAGAAGAGUAAGAGUGCUGCUUUGGGGUAUUGA